AGUGUAACAACAACAACACACUACAUUUUUUUCUUUCAGAGAAAAUACUUAUGACUUUUAAAAUAGAAAUUGUCUAUGAGAUUUGACGUGACCUUAACUUUUGACUUGAUCUUUGGACAAAGACUCAUGAAAUUUAUUCUUUGUAACUGAAAAUAAAAUUUAAGAAUAGGAAACACCGUUAUUUAAAAAAAUUCCGGAAAUUCGUAUAUUUCGUCAUACAUAUUUGAGCUGCCUGAAAAAAGCACGAAAAGAAACGUGUUGUUGUGCUCAAGUGUAGUUCCUAUUGAAUGAAUGAUUCCUGCAAGAAUAUUUUCUUUAAUUAAUCUAAUUAAAAGUGAUUUAAAAAUGUUUGCAAGAGUGACAUUUUAUCCUUCGCUAUUUUAUAAUGUUGUAAUGGAAAAAGUAUCAGCGAGAAGAUGGUUUGAUAGAAUUGAUGAUACCGUUAUCCUGGGUGCUUUACCUUUUCGAGGAAUGACAAAACAGUUAAUAGCUGAAGAAAAUGUUAAGGCUGUAAUUUCCAUGAACGAAGAUUAUGAAUUGACACUUUUUUCAAAUAAUGGAGAGGAAUGGAAGAAGCAUGGCGUAAAUUUUUUACAACUUCCAACAGUAGAUAUUUUCGAAACUCCCUGUCAAGAAAUGUUGCAAAGAGGAGUCGAGUUUAUUAAUAAAUUUCAAAAAAAUCAAAUCAAUGAAAAUUGUGAUCCAUUAAAACCAAAGGCAACCGUUUAUAUUCAUUGUAAAGCAGGAAGAACUCGAAGUGCAACAUUAGUUGGCUGUUAUCUUAUGAAGAAACACGCCUGGACGCCGGAAACUGCAAUAGAUCAUAUAAGAAGUAAAAGAGAACAUAUUUUAAUUCACACAGCUCAAUGGAGAGCGUUAAAAACAUUUUAUAAAGAGAACAUAGCAAAAAAUCUAGAGAAAAAUACUAGUGAAAAUAGUUAAUGAAAAAUAUUAUAAAUAUUUUUUUAAAUUUAUUAAUUAUAGCAAUUUAUUUUUCUUUCUGGAGAUAUAUUCAGCGUUUAGGGAAAUUGGAAAAUUAAUUUUACGGAAUUUUUUAAUGAAAAAAAAAAUAUGACUCGCUGGACAUUCGGAGGUACCUCAAAUUAAGGGAAAUAUUGUUAACAUUUUAAAAUGGAAAAUAAAUUGAAUAUUUUACUA